UUAUCCAGUAAUGUCAGCUGGAAGAAAAAGGUUUGACAUGAACGUCAUUCUUGUAUCAUUUUUUUGCUAACCUAAAAUGUUUUAUCAAAUGACUUGAUUUUGCUACAUUUGCUUAUUUUUUUACGGUUAAUUUUAUAAAUUUUCUUGACCUAAAUCUCGCUUGUGCCGUGAUACGUUCCGAUUAUUAUUUAGCUUUCUUUAAUGUGUGACAAUUUUUAAAUAAUGACUAUGCGUUGAAGUCAUAAUAAAAUGGAAAACGGCCCGAAUAACACAACGGCGGGUCGCGAGACUGGGCGAUGCAUGUCGGUGGCUGCGAUGCAGGCUCUGCACCGUCUGAGGGAGUGUCGUCUCCUCUGCGACGCGAUCGUGCGCGCUGACGACGGCGCCGCCUUCCCUGUCCACCGCGCCAUACUCUCGGCUUGCAGUCCCUACUUCCUGGCACUAUUUACAACAACUUUACACUCUCGGGAGCAGAGCGAUGUGUUAAUAUCGGGCGUGCGCUCAGAGAUCCUACUCCUCUUAAUCGAAUAUGCAUACCUUCGUCGAAUUGAAGUCACUGACACUAAUGUCCAUGAACUCCUUAUGACGGCUGAUUAUCUUGCUUUCCUUGGCGUCUUGCAAUUAUGCUCUGACCAUCUAAAGGCUGCUUUGAAUCCCAAAAACUGCCUCGGCAUCAUGAUGUUUGCUAGACGAGUAUUUUGCUAUAAAUUGGAAGCCGACUCCCGCAGAUAUUUGUUGAGGUAUUUUGUGACUGUAGCAACACAGAGCGACGAGUUUCUUCACUUGCCGAUUGAUGAGUUAAAUAGCAUUAUACUCGAGGAUGAAUUAAAUGUGAAAAGCGAAGAGGUUGUCUGGGAAGCUGUUCUGCGUUGGGUGAACUACGAUCCGGAUGUGCGUUGGCAUCACACUGUGAAACUCAUGGGCAGUAUACGUCUCGGUUUAUUAGAUACGCAAUUCUUCUUGGAAAACGUUAAGGAUCAUCCAUAUGUAACUGGCAACGAAGGUUCGCGGCCCAUCAUCAUUGAGACUCUUAAAUUCUUAUACGAUUUAGAAAUGAUUGCUCAGAGGGAUGGUGAGGUGGCGACACCAGAGAUAGCACGACCACGUGUUCCACAUGAGGUACUUUUUGCCAUCGGUGGGUGGAGCGGUGGUUCUCCUACAGCGUUUAUUGAAACCUAUGACACGAGAGCUGAUCGUUGGAUUAAGGUGGAAGAAGUUGAUCCAGCAGGACCGAGAGCUUACCAUGGAACUGCUGUUUUGGGCUAUUGUAUUUAUGUGAUUGGCGGAUUUGAUGGAAUGGACUACUUCAAUUCUUGUCGCUGUUUUGAUGCCGUUGCCAAAGUUUGGAGGGAGGUAGCACCAAUGAACGCACGUCGUUGUUAUGUGUCAGUGGCUGUGUUAGGAGAGACUAUAUACGCCAUGGGUGGCUACGAUGGUCACCACCGUCAGAACACGGCCGAGAGGUUCAAUCACCGCACCAACCAGUGGUCGCUCGUCGCUCCCAUGAAUGCUCAGAGAUCAGAUGCAAGCGCUGCGGCCUUAGAUAAUAAAAUUUACAUCACCGGCGGAUUUAAUGGACAGGAGUGCAUGAACAGUGUGGAAGUGUACGAUCCUGAUACGAACCAGUGGACUAAUCUGGCGCCGAUGCGUUCGCGUCGCUCUGGGGUGUCAUGUAUUGCAUAUCACAAUAAGAUCUACGUGAUUGGAGGAUUCAACGGUAUAUCGAGGAUGUGCAGCGGGGAGGUAUUCGAUCCCAACACCAACACCUGGUCUCCGGUGCCAGACAUGUACAACCCUCGGAGCAACUUCGCCAUCGAGGUCAUCGAUGACAUGAUCUUCGCUAUCGGAGGGUUCAACGGAGUCACCACCAUCUAUCAUGUCGAAUGCUAUGACGAGCGGACUAACGAAUGGUAUGAGGCGACAGAUAUGAACAUCUACCGUUCAGCUCUCUCGGCGUGCGUCAUCAUGGGUCUUCCAAAUGUAUACGACUACAUACAUAAACAUCGCGAGCGACUCAUGGAGGAGAAAAGGCAGAAGAUUCUCCUCUCAGAGACAGCAAGACACGGACAACAUCGCACCGCUCUCCCUGAUGGUCCCAGGGGUGAUUCGCGAUACCAGCAUAAUGUGCCCAGGCCGGUACAAAUAUUCGCGAGGAGGUGGAAUCAAACCCGCCAUUUUUGGAGUAGACGACAGGUGCAUCUCAUGGAAGAUAAUGACGAUAUGUUGGAACAGCUGGGAGUUAUGGACAACGACGUGCCAGUGCCGCCACCACCGCCUCCGCCGCCGCAGCCCAUGGAGCAGGAUAGGAAUUAAACAACCCGGUAUUUAACAACUUCGUAUCUUUCAAUACUGUAAUUUUUAUAGCCUACGUAAGAAAUUUAAUAAAUGUCUUAGGAAUCAGUAUAUCAGUAUAGUCAAGUAAUACUAUGUCAAAUUAAAACGUAACCGACCUUUAUUUUUAAAAUAUAUACAUAUAUUUUAGAACUUUUGGCAUUUUUUUAAUGUGGUGAUAUUUCAUAAUGUGAAUCAUACCUGUAUUUUUGGAAUAGUUUUUUUUGAAAAUUGUAUAAAAAUUUUUCGGAGAAUUAUACGAUAUUAAGAACAAAAUAUUAUCUUUUAAUUUUAGUGCUAGAC